GGCGCAGCCUGCUGAUAUGAUGACCAAGAGGCUGGUUGAGCAGCAGCAUUGGAAGUGUUGCAAGCUUGCUGGGAUGGCUCUGAACUAAGGGGAGCAGAUUCUAAGGCCAACAAUCCGAGGGGGGGUUUGUUGAUGGUGGAGACACUCGCACGAUUCGAGAAGGAUGUGAAGCGGACCGACACCGGGUUCCUGGCGAUAGCAACAGAGGUGGAGAAUGACGGAGAGAAAGCCUCGGAAACUCCAGAAAAAAUCAAGGAAUUACUAAAGGAGUUCCAAGACAUUCUUCCUGACGAUCUUCCGAACGAGCUACCGCCAUACCGAACACAUCAACACGAGAUUGUGGAGGAACCGGGUUCGAAGCCGACCUUCCGAGCACCAUAUCGACUCAGCCCUACGGAGCUGACCGACAUGAAGAAGCAGAUCGAGUAUCUCCUAGCCAAAGGACUCAUCCGACCAUCUACUUCACCGUACGGUGCCCCAGUACUCUUCACACCGAAACCGGACGGAAGCCUGCGCAUGUGCAUCGACUACCGAGCUCUUAACAAGCAGACCAUCAAGAAUAAAUAUCCGAUACCGCGAAUCGAUGACCUGCUUGACCAGCUUCGGGGAGCUACGGUAUUUUCCAAACUGGAUCUGCGGUCCGGAUACUGGCAGAUACGGAUGGCGGACAACUCUAUCCACAAAACUGCUUUCCGAACUCGGUACGGAUCGUACGAGUAUUUGGUCAUGCCGUUCGGACUCACCAACGCGCCGGCAACGUUCCAAGCCGAAAUGAACCACAUUUUACGACCACUCUUGGACGAAUGCGUGGUGGUGUACCUGGACGACAUACUCAUCUACUCGCGCGACAUGAAGCAGCACGUCGAACACCUGCGACGCGUCUUCGAAAUUCUUCGACGAGAACGAUUCUACGUCAAACUGUCCAAGAGCGAAUUCGCCCUGGAGAAAGUCCAAUUUCUAGGACACAUGGUGAGCGCUCAAGGAGUUCACGUCGACCCCAAGAAAAUCGAAGCCGUACGCACGUGGAAGACACCCGAGAACGUGAAGGAGUUGCAGCAGUUCCUAGGCUUCGCUAAUUACUACAACAGGUUCGUGCCACAAUAUGCGAAAAUCGCAGCACCACUCACGAAUCUGCUGAAGAAGAACACGCCCUACAAAUGGGAACCAAAGCACCAGGAAGCCGUGGAGCAGCUGAAACAAGCACUAACAUCCGCACCGGUGCUCAUCUUGCCAGAUCCCGAACGUGACUACGUCAUUGAAGCAGACGCCAGUGAUCAGGCCGUGGGAGCAGUCUUGAUGCAAGACCAAGGGAAUGGACUGCAACCCAUUGCCUACCUCAGCAAGAAACUGCACGGGGCAGAACUCAACUACCCGAUACACGACAAAGAGGCCCUUGCUAUCAUCAUCGCCUUCAAAGCAUGGAGAUGCUAUCUCGAAGGACGAAGAACAACCGUCUACACCGACCACUGCAGCCUGAAAUAUUUGAAGACACAACCCAACCUUUCCAGGCGGCAGGUCCGGUGGAUCGACUUCCUCGAGACACACUUCCACUACGACAUCGUGUACAAGCCUGGCCACAAGAACAAAGCAGACGCGCUCAGCCGGCCUGCACACACACUCGCACGAUUCGAGAAGGACGUGAAGCGGACCGACACCGGGUUCCUGGCGAUAGCAACAGAGGUGGAGAAUGACAGAGAGAAAGCCUCGGAAACUCCAGGAAAAAUCAAGGAAUUGCUGAAGGAGUUCCAAGACAUUCUUCCUGACGAUCUUCCGGACGAGCUACCGCCAUACCGAACGCAUCAACACGAGAUCGUGGAGGAACCGGGUUCGAAGCCGACCUUCCGAGCACCAUAUCGACUCAGCCCUACGGAGCUGACCGACAUGAAGAAGCAGAUCGAGUAUCUCCUAGCCAAAGGACUCAUCCGACCAUCUACUUCGCCAUACGGUGCCCCAGUACUCUUCACACCGAAACCGGACGGAAGCCUGCGCAUGUGCAUCGACUACCGAGCUCUUAACAAGCAGACCAUCAAGAAUAAAUAUCCGAUACCGCGAAUCGAUGACCUGCUUGACCAGCUUCGGGGAGCUACGGUAUUUUCCAAACUGGAUCUGCGGUCCGGAUACUGGCAGAUACGGAUGGCGGACAACUCUAUCCACAAAACUGCUUUUCGAACUCGGUACGGAUCGUACGAGUAUUUGGUCAUGCCGUUCGGACUCACCAACGCACCGGCAACGUUCCAAGCCGAAAUGAACCACAUUCUACGACCACUUCUGGACGAAUGCGUGGUGGUGUACCUGGAUGACAUACUCAUCUACUCGCGCGACAUGAAGCAGCACGUCAAACACCUGCGACGCGUCUUCGAAAUUCUUCGACGGGAACGAUUCUACGUCAAACUGUCCAAGAGCGAAUUCGCCCUGGAGAAGGUCCAAUUUCUAGGCCACCUGGUGAGCGCUCAAGGAGUUCACGUCGACCCCAAGAAAAUCGAAGCCGUACGUACGUGGAAGACACCCGAGAACGUGAAGGAGUUGCAGCAGUUCCUAGGCUUCGCUAAUUACUACAACAGGUUCGUGCCACAGUAUGCGAAACUCGCGGCACCACUCACGAAUCUGCUGAAGAAGAACACGCCCUACAAAUGGGAGACGAAGCACCAGGAAGCCGUGGAGCAGCUGAAACAAGCACUAACGUCCGCACCGGUGCUCAUCUUGCCAGAUCCCGAAUGCGACUACGUAAUCGAAGCUGACGCCAGCGACCAGGCAGUGGGAGCAGUCUUGAUGCAAGACCAGGGGAAUGGACUGCAACCAAUUGCCUACCUCAGCAAGAAACUGCACGGGGCAGAACUCAACUACCCGAUACACGACAAAGAGGCUCUUGCUAUCGUCAUCGCCUUCAAAGCGUGGAGAUGCUAUCUCGAAGGACGAAGAACGACCGUCUACACCGACCACUGCAGCCUGAAAUAUUUGAAGACACAACCCAACCUUUCCAGGCGGCAGGUCCGGUGGAUCGACUUCCUCGAGACACACUUCCACUACGACAUCGUGUACAAGCCCGGCCACAAGAACAAAGCAGACGCUCUCAGCCGGCCUGCACACCGGUCAUGACGCCAUCCUUGUCGUCAUUGACAAG